AUGAUGGAGCACAGGCAAAGGCCUGCCAAUAAUAAUAAGCAAGGUCCAAAAGGAGGACGAGUGCUGAGAAUGAAUGGAGCUCGAUUAUUGGCCAUUAUUUCCUUUGUGGCCGGCAUUUUCAUGACCAGUAUAGUCUUCUUUGCUCGGACAAUCAUUUUAUCCAAUGAUGAUUCCUUGAAUGAAGACCACUUUCGCAGUAUGAAGAAUAUCAAGUCCAAAGAUGAUUGCAAUUGUCAAGAAAGUGAUCAUUACAAGGAACAACAAGAACAAAUGGCAGUCCAAAAGCAGUUAUUGGAAGAUCUAAAAGAAGAAAUUAACCGGUUAUCCAAUCAAUUGACUGGUUCGCAUCAACCAGUAAAGGAGGAAGUAGUAGUAGCAGCAGCAGCAGCAGCAAAAGAAGCUGCAGUCCGACACCUCGAUGCAUCCUCGUCCAAUCUCGUGCAAUACAAGACGGAACUGGCAGGUAUGCUCAUGAACAUGUGGGACCUGGCGGAAGACAAACAAAUGAUAAAUGAUCAUAGUGGAGAAACAUCAGUACAAAGAUUAAUGUUGAAUACAUUUAUGCAUGAAGUAUCCGAUCAACUACCGGGAACACUGGCAGGAAUGAGAUGCAUGAUUUUCGAGUUCAAGUACAUUUCUCAAUUUGGUGGAUGCCGCGAGACCUUUCAUUUCCGACAUGAUCCCAACGAGAAAGGUAUUAUCAAUCCAAUGACGACCAAAUAUGGCACCUACGGAAUCAUCAAGGGUGACCUGGAGGGUGAUGUCAGCCAUGUUCCUCAAGAGUAUUUUGACAUGGCAAUCUAUACCCAACAAAUGCAACAUGAGAAGCACUUUUGGAAGGCGCUCCCGAACUUGGCCGGAACCAUUGACGAAGGUGGUCUCUUAAUAUUCUCCAUUCCAUGGGCAUUCAUGUUUCAUCCCUUGCGAGGUGACUUUUAUCGGUAUUCUCCAUCGGCUGUAUAUCACUUGUUGGAGUCGUCUGGAUUCGCAAUCUGUCACAUUGUCUCGGAUGGUUGGAAGUCGAUGCAAAUGCAUGCUCUUGGGCUGGGUGUCGAAGACAUUUAUGACCUCGAGUCUGUCUUGAAGAGUCAAUCAAAGGUAUCAUUGCUCAGUGGAGCGACCAGUUACAUGGCAGUGGCACAACGAGUGGAGGAAAUUGGCGAUCCUUGUACAUUGCAAAGACUGAAGCUCUCCAAUGAAAUCACGAGGGAAGAAAUCAAUGGAUUUGGAAUUCAUGGCGAAUUCUUGCCGGACCCAAUGAAGGAUUUCCCAUAUGGACCAAAGAAGAAGAAAACCAUGAAGGUACCCAAUAAGAGAGCCAAAAAGGAUGCCAAGAAGAAAAGCUUCAAGAUUGUAAUCAACGAUCCUCCUGCUAGUGAAGACGAAGACGAAGAUGGAUCUAUUUCGAGCUAUGAUGAUGGUGUUCCAGAAGAGCAAUUCCAGUAUCAAUAUCAAUACGCCAUUCCAGUCAAAACACCACCACCAACUAGAGGAAAUUUCUCUGUUGAGUUUACAGAAGUGGUUUCGGACUACUCUGGGCCAAUACCUCCAAAGACCACCUGCUUUGUGACAGCUAGUUACGCCAAGACUUUGCAGAGCAUGGAUAAUAUGAUUCAUGUGAGGAAUACCAGUCCAUACUUCAAGUUUUUCAUGUUCACGAACUGGAAUGACGACCAAUGGAAAACGCCUGGAUGGAUAAAGAUCACUACGAAAUACAACUACACUCGCUCUAUUACUCACUCGAGAUAUGGCAAAUUCUUGGGAUGGAAGUAUGAUCAAAUCCGACAGGAGUGUGAUGCCGUUUACUACAUGGACUCGAAUAUCCAGCUCAAGGCAAACCAGAGUACUUGGAUGGAAAUGUCAGCAACGAUUAGUUCGACGGAACCCGGUAUUAUGCAGUUCAAGCACGAACAGAAUCGGUCUGGCAUCUUUGAUGAAUUCGCAGCCAUUACGAAAUGGAAGAAGGACUACGCAGGGAACGUUCAAAAGUCUAUUGCUUGGUUCAGUGCACAACCGGAUUUUGAAAAUGAUAUUCCUAUUUACAUGAAUCAGUUAUUCGGAUACAAUCCAAAAUCGCCAACCUAUCAACGGUUGUCCCAAGGAUUCUGGGACCACUAUUCGAAAGAAGAAGAUUCGUGGCGAGACCAACCGCUCUGGGCUUUUAUGCUGCAUCGGUAUAACGUAACGCCGCUAGCAUUCCCAGAAACAAAUUUCAAGAGAAUAUGGAAGGUUCCCAAUCGAGUAAACUUUGGACACCAUGACCACCGAUACACUUCGGAAGCGGACGUAAUAGUAGAUUGGGACUAA